AUGUUUGCAAAGUCGAAACGUUUUCCUGAAGCCACCAAAGAUUACAUUCCCGGCCCUGGUGAAUACAACAUCCCUUCAGCAGAGGAGCUGAGUCGCCACAAGCGUUAUGGUUUCCUCAAUCAUACAAACCGUUUUAGUGCUGACGGUCCAGUGGAUAUCACUGGUGAUUUGUACCUUGGCAGCGAAAACUCCGUGGGCAGCCUUUCAAGCGAGACUCGUCUUUCACUCUCCACCAGCAGCAAUAAGACUGAGGAUGCACGUUCACGACGACAAAUGAGCGAGAUGGCUUCACAGUUUGAAAAGUAUCGUCUUGCUAUGCAAAAAGAGAUUGAAUCCUUGCAACUCAAGAAUCGAAAGUUUGAGAACAACUUGAAAUCGGUGACAUCAGAGAAGGAUGCCGCACAAGCUACUUUGCUUCACAAGGAUCAGGAACUUGCUGAAAUGCGUCUCAAGAAUGCUCAAUUACAAAAAACGGUGACCCGGCUUGAAAAGAACAUUGACAAGUCGCCCAAGGUGAUUCAGCUGCAGAAACGGGUGGACCAAGCUGAAAAGGAACUGGAAGCCAAUCAACAAGAAACGGCAUUGAUACGUGAAGCAGCCUUGCGUGAAAAAGAGGAGCUAUCAACGACCCUUUCCAAUAAAGAUGGUACGAUUGAGCAACUUGAACAGCAACUUGAACAACAACAACACACGAUGGAUGAGCUACAUACAAGGAUAUCGGAUGGCGAGGAGGAGCUCAAGAAUGUACAACAUGCACAUCAGCUGACAAUGGAUUCCUUGCACACACAAAUACAGGGGUUACAGCAUGAACUUGCCUCUACUCGUGAUCAAUUGGAGCAGCAGCAACAACAACACACACAAAUGCAAAACGAAAUAAGUGGAUUACGAGACGAGCUCAGCAACAGCUGCAUGCAAAAUGCAACGCUCGAGGCUCAAAUGCAGGACCUGAAGCACCACCAUAAAGCGGAGCAAGAGGCGUGGCAUGAGAAACAUCAAACGUUGGAACACAAUUAUGCUCAACAACAAAAAGAGCUGCGUCAACGUGCAGAUGAAAUCACCCAUCUUAGAUCUCAACUUGAUACCACUCGUCAUGAUUUGGAAACGCUGCAGCAAUCACAUGCAAAGCAAACAGCCUGCUUAGAACGCAAGAACGGACUCUGCCUUCGUCUUCAAACACAAUUUGACGUUUACAGGAACCAUGUGACAACCAUCAUGCACGCUAUGCGUGAACAAAUGAAUGCACAGCAACCUCACCAUCUCAGCCGUGAGCUUCUGGAAGCGAAAAAAUUUAUUAAUCAUCAAGCGCUUCAAAUUGAAGGACUCAAAUCAGAGUUGCACUGGAUGUCAAAAUGGAAUCGUCAACUCACCAAUCUUAUUGAUGAUCUUCACAACGAUGAUGUUGCACAAAACGGAGCCGUAGCAUCGUAUCGGUGUAGCACCCGUACCGACAACGCCCCCGCCACUACCACUACCACAACACCCUCAUCCUCAGCACGCACCACGCCACGACGUCGUCCUUACACACCAUCCCCAAUUUCAACAUGA